CCAGAUCAUUUCUUUUCUUUUAUUGCUGUCUAACCCACUCGGACCGUCCAUCCAUUCGAUCGACGGCCCAGGCUCAUCCCCUUCCUCGAAAUCCUAUCCUCCGCCGCAAUCCUCCCAGGCGCGCACGCGCGCAACUCGCCCGGCGGCCGCCGCCACCGCCGCGCCGCCGGUGCGACCUUCCAGGGACUAGAGCUCGCACCCGCCCUAGCCCCUCCACCGACCUCAGCCAUCUCAUUUUCCAACUCUGGUGAUCUUCUUCGUCACGCCUUCGCCCCCGCCCUCCUUCCUCGUCCCCGGCCGCACCCGCCGCCUGCUCCCCCCGUGUCCCGGAGUUGUCGUCGGGAUGGCGGCGUGGCCUCCUCGUGCCGUUAUAACAGUUUUUGCUCCCAGUCCCAAACUCUAGCAGCAGCCCCUUGUGUGUUCGCUCCUGGUCCUUUGCCACUCGCCGGAGAUGGCGCUGCAGGCCCAGCAGCUGCCUUCCUUCUCCUUCACCUCCCCAUCUCUCUGGACCCUCCGCCUUAGCUGCACUCCCAAAUCCCCCCAGUUUUCCUCCAGAUGCUUCGUUCACUCCCAUUCCCAAUUCCACACCCCGCGGCCGCGAAGGUACCCCGUCGCCUACCCUCCGCAUCUUUCCUUGGAAGGACAGGGAAACGAAGGCGGCGACGACGAUGACGGGGAGGGGUCGGUGGAAAGCUGGGGCGGACCUGCCAGCCCCUUCCGAGAUGAUAUUGAUGGGGAGGGCGGCGACGCCUCGGAGGACGAAGAAGGGCUCCAAGAAUCCGACGAGGAUGAGAAGGAAGGCGGAGAGGGGGUUGGCGAGUGGGACCCGCCUGUCAGCCCCUUUCGAACGCAGCGCGAGGAACCGCACUACCAAGAAGAAGAGGGGGAGGAGGACGAUGCAGGAGGAUGCCAAUGGUUGGAUCCGACCUCCUUCUUGCCAAGCCAAGAAGGGGUGGGCGGCGUUUGCACCACCACGACGGCAGCCAUGGAAGAAAUCCUCACCUUCGCGAGGACGGCGGCGGGGGACUCAGUAUUCACCGAGUUCUUGGCCGGUUACAGCCACGAGGACCUCAGCGAGGGGGCCUGCGUGGAACUGAUGAGAAGGAUGUCUGAAGAGGGGCUGGCAUUGGGCUGUGUGCACCUGUUCCAGUGGUUGCGGGGGAAGCAGCCGGUGCCGGUGUCACCACAGGUGUGGUUGGCAGGUAUUGUUGCGCUUGGGCGGUGCCAGAUGGCUGAUGAGGUCUUGGAGAUUGUGGCAAGGUUACCUCCUGAGAGCGAGUUCCGCGAGGCAGUUGUUUACAAUGCCGCGAUAUCUGCUGUUGCCUGCUGUGAGAGAUAUGAUGGUGCCUGGAAAAUUUUUGAGCUCAUGGAAAAGAACAAUGUCCAACCUGAUCACAGGACAUCCUCAAUCAUGCUUAAUAUUAUGAAGAAGACUAAGGCAUCUGCUAAGGAUGCAUGGGAGUUUUUGCAACGGAUGAACAGAAAAGGAGUUAACUGGAGCUUGGAUAUUGCUGCUGCUUUGGUCAAUAUCUUUUGUUGUGAGGGGCUCAGAAAGGAAGCUUUAAUCAUCCAGUCAGAAAUGGAAAAGAGAGGAAUUGCAUCAAACACAAGCAUAUAUAACAUGUUAUUGAAGGCAUUCUGCAAAUCUAACCAAAUUGAAGAAGGUGAGGGGCUCUUUGUUGAGAUGAAAGAAAAAGGUUUGCAACCAACAAUAGCAACUUAUAAUAUCCUUAUGGAUGCUUACAGUAGAAGAUUGCAGCCAGAAGUUGUUGAGUUGUUACUUCUGGAGAUGCAAGAUUUGAGUAUAACACCAAAUGCUGGAUCAUACAAUUGUCUCAUAAGAGCCUAUGGUCGGCAAAAGAAAAUGUGUGAAAAGGCUGAAGAUGCUUUCUUGAGGAUGAAAGCGGAUGGCAUUAAGCCAUUAUCUUCUUCAUACACGGCACUACUCUGUGCAUAUGCUGUUAAUGGACUACAUGAAAAAGCUCAUACCAUAUAUAUGGAUAUGAAAAGAGAAGGACUUAAACCUACGUUAGAAACAUAUACAGCUUUAAUUGACACUCUUAGGAGAGCUGGUGACACAGAGAAGCUAAUGGAGACAUGGAAAACUAUGAUUGAUGAAAAGGUUGGCGGAACAAGAGUCAUAUUCCACAUGGUACUUGAUUGUUUAGCAAAACAUGGGUUGUACCAUCAGGCAAGGGAUGCUAUAUAUGAAUUUGGAAAGAUUGGUUUAAAGCCUACUGUCAUGACAUAUAACAUUUUGAUGAAUGCUUAUGGCAGAGGGGGACAGCAUUACAAAUUGCCCCAACUCCUGAAAGAGAUGGCUGCUCUGGAACUAAAACCAGACUCCAUUACAUAUUCUACAAUGAUAUAUGCAUAUGCCCGUGUUCGUGACUUUUCAAGGGCGUUCUAUUACCACAAGCAGAUGGUUCGAAGUGGGCAAAUACCUGAUCCUAGGUCGUACAGUAAACUGUUGAAUACUUUGGAUGUGAAGGCUGCAAGAAAGAAUAUAAAGGACAAGAGUGCAAUACAAGGGAUCAUAAAAGGCAAGGCUGGCUUAAAACCUAGGAAGGAAAAGAAAGACGAGUUUUGGAAGAACAGAAGAAAGCGGUCUAUGCUGAACCCAACUUAUGGACACCAAAGAAAAAGAUAUUUGUGAAUUUAUCUUCGGUGUACAUUCAAUUGUGUUCAAGAUUUACAUCCUAUUUCAUGGUCCCUGCAUUUUCACUCUUGAAAGUUGAAAUGUUAAGUUGGAGCCUGUGUUAUAGAUAUGCAUUUUCCUUUUCUGCUCUUCAGAAACCUGAAUCAACUUUAAGGGUUUGUCUUUGAACAUGAUUGGCCUCAAAAACCAUUCAGGAUUUCAAGAAGAGAUGUUGCUCAUAAGUUUGACACUCCAUAUUUCGCAACUCCUAAGUUUGUAACAGCUGCCACAUGGUUCUUAUAUAGAAAUAUGGAGAGGAUGUCUACAAAUCAAAGACAAGCAGAAUCUACAGUCUGAAUGCAAUGCUGCUACCUCCUCUCACUGAAACGAAAAAAAGGUGCAAGUUUGCUACACAGGAAUUUCACUCAUAAAACUUAAAUUGUUGUGCUCCAGAAUUUGGAGCUAAGAGCACCAGUGCAUUGGUUUCAGUCUUCAGAGAACAACAGAAAUACUCUAGAGUAUAGUAUUUCAGAUGGCUCUGCAGAGUUUCCUUGACAGCUGGUGUCAAAAAGAGUUUCCUUGACAGCUCCAACUGUCAGGGCUAUCUGCAAAACGAAGGCAAAGAAAACAAUAAGUUGAAAGAGUAUGAAGCAAUCAUCUUGAAAAACAGAUUGAAGACACAAGUACAGUAUGCCUUUAUCUAGGAAGCACGUAUAAAAUCGUGCCAGUGAAAUGUAAGGAUUUAUAGAGUACUCAUACGUUUUCAUGUUUCAACUGGAAUUAGUCAUUGCCGUUUUCCAGAUAUGAAGUGUAUGGUGAGGACGGUGUUGGUGCAAUUUGCAUGCACGCAUUGACAGCUUGUACUCUGGCAUUCAGAAGCAGCAGCGAUGCAUGAAGUGAAAGAUGGAAAAUUCUAAAAAUUCUUACCAGAGGAACCACUAGCAGGUGGGAAUGUGCAUUAUUAGAAUCCCUAAAGUAUAGUUGUGCAGGCAACAUCCACAGAUCAAUGUGCGAAAUGGCAUCUUUCCUUGAUUUGAGAGUCAAUGAGUAUACCUUCCUUUGCCCUCCUGUAAUGCAUGCCUGUAACCUUUGUUCUUGGAGGAGUCUCCUAGAUUCGGACUCUUCCUUUAGCUCCAUUCAGCUACUAGCCUACUACUGAUGAGUACUGAGUUCGUAUAUGUAGUUCAGAUCUCUGGAUCAGCUAUCUGUAUCAUGCCGACUUGUAUCAUCAGCUUUCCUGCUUUGCCCUUAUUGCAUUUGAUGGUCCUUUUAUUCUUGCCAGAUAAGACAAAUUGAUUCAUAUCAUGCCGAUUUGGCGUCAGCUUUCCUGCUUUGUCUUGAACUGUUUGAGAUCUUAGUGACAGUGAUACCUUAUUA